AUGGCCUCCAAAGUGGAACGCAAUUUGGAGUCGCCGGAAACCCUGGGCGGAGGAGGCUGGACUAGACUCGCUCCUCCUCCUGCACCAAAAGGAGUCGCCGCCGCCUGGUCUCUUAACCGCCGCGGGGGGAAGGGGCUGACUCUGAUCUGGAUUACAUUCAGUACAGGCUGGAAUAUGAAAUCAAGACUAAUUAUCCUGAUUCAGCAGGCAAGAACAACCAACCAGUUCUGGUCCAGUGGUACCACCUAAUUGACUGGCCAAAGCACUCAUCUGAGUCGAAAAAUCCUGUUACACUUUUAAAG